UUCGACUUACGAACAGACAGAUAGAAUUGUCGUUAGCUCCACGUGUAUUUACUCAUGUUAUUGAUAAGUACUUACUUUGCGUAGGUAACUGAAGUACACAGCGGCUAUGGUAUAAAUACUGCAAUAAAGUACGUUCCGCAUUAGUUUACUAAAUCCAUUCAUUCACCAUGGCUCUCUUGUAUAGUUUUUUUGUACUGUGGCUGACCAGUACUGUCGGCCAUUCAUCCUUAUUGCCAAGAACGGUGACAACGAUGUCGAAGCUCACAGGGUUCCCAAACACGAGCACCCCGGCGGCAGCAGGGCUGACGUACCGCGGCAUCGUGGAGAACAUGAGCAUCCCUGCAGAACUGCACGAGCGACCUGAUGGCAAACCAUACGCCACCUUCGGAGACGUUGUGCCCAUCCACUGCUGCACCCCUGAGCAGGUGGAACAUCAUCGCAAGACGACGCACCACUACUGCGACAUCUUCACGGACGAGACGCUGGCGCCGCUCGGAGACCUGGUCUACGUCAGGAUCGAUGAGAACACUGCUGAGAAGGUAUUCAUCAACCGUCGGCAGCGCAUCCUGGUGGUGUCGAGCGACGGCGUGCUGGCGCAGUGGAGGCUGGCGCCGACGUUCGAGUCUGCCAACGUGUACCUGGCCGGCACCCCCAUCGUGGACCAGGCCGGACACCUCGUGUCUGUCGUCACCGCCAAGUGGGGCAGGCACUACGCCGUCUCUGCUCUUGAGGGCGAGGGAGGUUACUUCGACACGUCACUUCCCUGGGAGAAGCGGACCAUUCCGGAGGGGUCCUCCGUGUACGGCAACAAGACAUUCCAGUCGAGAGACGAACUGAGGGAAUAUGUGGCCAGUCUCCCGCCCCCAGGCACCCCGGCGGCGGGGGAGGCGACCCCCCUGGUGUACGUGGGGGGCACCCCCCGACUCGUGCUGGUGGCCCCCACGGGGCGCCAACUGUCCCACCACUACCUGCACGGGGUUAUAACCUCCGACGUCGAGUACCUGUGACCUCCUCACUCCUGUGUUUACUAUAGUAAUAUAGUACUUACAUAACUUUUUUAUUGAUAUUCUAAAUCCUAAUUAAGUUUUGUUAAACACAUGUUGUUUUGUCAUUGCACUCAUAUUCGUAAGUUUUAUAAAAGUGAAAAAUGUUUUAUUAAAAUACCUACUAUUACCACGUUAUACUCAAGACUCAUCCGUGGUGAGUACAAAUCUCGUGCAAUGAGAAUCGACUGCGUAGUACGUUUUUCUUUCAUCCCCACUGGGGGAGAGUUUAGUCCACUCCCCUGUCCCUCCACUGAGGGUGAAAGAACAACAUACGACGUACUCGGUGCUUCUCAAUGCACGUCACUUGUGAAUUAUAAUGGACCAAGUACAUAAUGCGCAGGCAUAUUUAUUUGUGUGUCUGUAAUUUUACUGAUAUCAUCAUAAACAAUAUUGUUUCUUUUGAUAGUACAAACAUUUGUUAUACGUUUCUAAAAUAAAUAAAU